CCCGCCUCCCAGCCGCCCCGCUCCCGGAGUCCCGCCGAGCCAGGUCCGCCCAGAUGGGGUAGCCGAUCCUUAUGGGCCGUACUGACGAGUGGCGCCCUCCGCUGCAGGAGGAGUGAACUGCGGAGCUGAGCCAUGGCCAACUUUCUGCAGCUCUUGCUGGCCUGGUUGGGAGGCUGCGGCUGCGCGGGUCGGCUCGCGCCCCCCAGUCAGGGAACGAAAGCCGGGUCCCUCCGAGGGAAUGCGUCUCAGCGCUGGGAACGGCCCCUGCUGAGGUCCCGCCGGAGCUGGGUCUGGAACCAAUUCUUCGUCAUCGAGGAGUAUGCCGGACCGGAACCUGUCCUCAUUGGGAGGCUUCACACGGACGUGGACCGGGGCGAGGGCCGCAUCAAGUAUGUGCUGACCGGAGAGGGGGCGGGCACGGUCUUUGUGAUCGACGAGAAGACAGGCAACAUCCAUGUCACCAAAACACUCGACCGGGAGGAGAAAGCCCAGUAUACUUUGCUGGCUCAAGCCGUGGAUCAGGCGUCCAACCGGCCUCUGGAGCCGCCGUCCGAAUUCAUCAUCAAGGUUCAAGACAUCAACGAUAACCCGCCAGUCUUCUUGCAGGGUCCAUAUCACGCCACUGUGCCCGAGAUGAGCAACGUGGGUACGUCUGUGAUCCAAGUGACGGCCCACGAUGCGGACGACCCGGCCUACGGGAACAGCGCCAAGCUGGUCUAUACGGUACUCGAGGGGUUGCCGUUCUUCUCCGUCGACCCCCAGACGGGUGUGAUUCGUACGGCGACCCCCAAUAUGGACCGGGAGACGCAACAGGAAUUCCUCGUGGUGGUGCAGGCCAAGGACAUGGGGGGCCACAUGGGAGGGCUUUCCGGAAGCACAACUGUCACGGUCACUCUGAGCGAUGUCAACGAUAACCCACCCCGCUUUCCACAGAGCUCCUACCAGUUUUCGGUGGUGGAGACAGCACCUCCCGGCUUUGCGGUGGGGCGGCUGCGGGCUCACGACCCCGACGAAGGGGAGAAUGCACUGCUAGCCUACAGCAUCCUGGACGGAGGAGACGGAGCUGAGGCAUUUACCAUCCAUACCGAUGCGCUGGGGCAGGAUGGGAUCAUCACUGUACGAAAGCCCUUGGACUUUGAGUCCCGCCGCUCUUAUACUUUCCGAGUGGAGGCCACCAAUACACUCAUCGACCCCCAGUACAUCCGUAAAGGGCCCUUCAAGGACGUGGCAACGGUCCGUAUCGCGGUAGAGGAUGCUGAUGAGCCCCCGGCUUUCUCCCGCCCCGAGUACCGCCUGGCCGUCUACGAGAACAGCCCUCCGGGGACCCUUGCGGGCAAGGUGACGGCUGUGGACCUCGAUUCCCCCAGCAGCGUCAUCCGAUACUCUAUCCUGCCGCAUACGGAUCCCGAGCGCUAUUUCAGCAUCAACUCCCAGGAUGGGACGAUCCUGACCUCGGUGCCCCUCGACCGGGAGGCGGUGCCCUGGCAUAAUUUGACCGUGGUGGCCACUGAACUCGACAGCCCUACACAGGUCUCCCAUGCCCAAGUGGCCAUCCAAAUCCUCGAUGUCAACGAUAACCCGCCCCAGCUGGAGCAUGGCUACGAGCCCUUUGUCUGUGACAGCGCCACUCCUGGUCAUUUGAUCCAACUGAUCCGGGCAAUGGAUCGGGACGAGGAUGGGAACGUGAGCCGUAUCAUCAUCCGCUCCCCACUUGGGACAAGAGAACCCAACGUCACCGUGCGAGACAACAAGGAUAACUCGGCUUCUCUGCUUCUCCGUGUUGCUCGUCUGCCUGCACAAGGGGAGUCCUUGCUGGUGCCACUGGAGAUAGUAGAUGGCGGCUCCCCGACCCGCACCGGCUCCCCGACUCUGACCGUCAGCAUUUGCCGGUGUCGACGUGACGGGGCCAUGCACUCAUGCGGGCCAGAGGCCCUGGGAUCUCCUGCCGGCCUCAGCACAGGAGCACUGCUUGCCAUCCUCACAUGCGUCGGCACUCUUCUGGCACUGGUGUUGCUGUUUGUCGCCCUCCGGAGGCAGAAGCAGGCAUCACUGCUGCCCUUCGAAGAAGAAGACGUCCGCGAGAACAUCAUCACUUACGACGACGAGGGCGGGGGCGAAGAGGACACCGAGGCCUUUGACAUGGCUGCCCUGCAGAACCCGGAUGCUGCCCCUCCACCGCCGCAGCAGCGGCGUCUCCUCCGACGUGACGUGCUGCCCCGCCUGCAUUUCCCAUCCUCCUUGGCCACCCGUGUACCCCCACAGCCCCAUGACGUGGCCAGUUUCCUAGCUGCCCGCCUGAGCGAGGUGGAUGCCGACCCUUCCGUCCCCCCCUAUGACUCCAUCCAGGUGUAUGGCUACGAGGGGCAGGGCUCUUCCGCGGGGUCCCUCAGCUCCCCCAGCUCCUCGUGCGCCGGCGACAGCGAUGUGGGCGGAUAUGAGUAUCUGGAAGAAUGGGGGCCACUCUUCCGAACACUGGCGGAGCUCUACGGGGCCCCGGAUGGGCCACCCCCGACUUGAAAGAAACUGUGGGGGGGACCGCAACGGUGGAACAGCACUGUCUCCCGUUCCUCUCGAUCCCUUUUGUGUUGGUCGUUCUUUUCUCCCGUUUGGUUCGUUGACUUCUUCGUUCUCUGUCGAACCUGUCCAUUGGAGAACACCUUUUCAUUUCUCGUUCCUGUUUGCGUCGCCUCGGUCUCUUCUUCUUCUUAGUAUUUGUGUCAUUCUCACCCCUUCCUGUGUUGCUUCCUACUAUUGCUUUGCCGUUGUUAACAAUCCCGUCUCUCCCUCGCUUCUUCCGCUUUUCCUUUAAAUCGUUCUUCUUUCUCUCUCAACUUUUGCUCCUCUUUCUUCCCCCUUGAUUCUCUUUUCCCUGAUUUCCUCCAUUUACUUUGCACUGUCUUCUCAUUUCUUUACUUUCUUCCCUCAAGCAGCUUUUAAAUGUGUCUUUCUGUUUCUCUGCCUCUCACAUUGUCCUGUUCCAUAGUCAGGGUUUUUUUUCCGUUUCACUGUUAUCUGUGCUGUGUUUUUAUGUUUUCUUCCCUUUCCCUCAGUCCCUGUUCCCCCUAAUCCCCUAUAAAUUACUCUAUGCAUUCAUUCUCUCCCAGAGUCCUUCAGUACCAAACUCACUCCCCACCCAAACCCUAACUAUUCAGAAUUGCCAGCAUGGAUUUACCUCUCAUUCAACGUAUGGCCUCCCAUGACCUGACUGGGGAUCUGGUCAGCUAGGGCAGGGGUUUUAAAGCACCCCACCCUUUCCUGGAACCCCUGGACAUCACCGUCGGGGGUGGUAGGGUGGGUGGCGGACUCAACAUGGACUCUGCCCCCUGGAUAAAGCCCUCUUCAGAUUCCAUAUUGGGACUUUCUAUAUCCAGGACAAUUUUAUUCCAGGGAGCCAACACAUAAUCAGUAUCAGGUGGGGGCAUCCAUGUUAUAAUUUCGUAAUAAACAAUUUAUUUUCUAAAAGAAA